AAAUCUUGUCCUUGACCCCGACCGCGCUUCGGAUGUUCAACUGGACGGAGACAUUCUGGUGAUGCAGGGCGAUAAUGGAGUGGUCAACCUCGCCGCGGAUCAAUCAUCUCUGAAUGCCCAUGAUGUUAAUGCGCAGAAAGCUGAUCUCGUCCGCCAACUCGCGGGCGCUGGAUCCAGCAGCAAUGAGGGUGGGCUGAUUGCGCAGUUGUCCAAUAAUGCUUUGUUUACGGGCGGAUUUGCGCUCGCCGGACUCGGUGCGCUCGCAGCAACAGCCCGUAGAGGGUUCAAGCAAGGAGCUCACCUCGUGCGACGACGCCUCCUGGUCGAUGUCGAGAUCAAUGUUCGAGACGACUCCUACCCCUGGUUUCUAGACUGGAUGACACAUCAUGAGCAAGGAAGGUUGGCAGCGAAAGAGUCUGGCGGCAAGAAAGGCAUCUUCGAAUCCAUCCUCAGCCGGAUAACACCGGGCAUACACCAUCUGUCUAUCAAGACAGAAAAGCAAGAGUUGCCUAAUGGUGCCCUCCACACGAAUUUCUACCUCAUUCCGGGUCCUGGUCGACACGUUCUCCGAUACAGAAGUGCUUGGAUAUGGGUCAACAGACAAAGAGAAGCGAAGCAAGUCUCGAUGGAUGGGAAACCGUGGGAGACGGUGACAUUGACGACCUUGUAUGCACACCGACACGUCUUCGAGUCGAUGUUCAAAGAGGCCGCCGAUCUUGCGACACAGGCCGUUGAGGGCAAGACGGUCAUAUACACUGCAUGGGGUACGAGAUGGGAUAAGUUUGGCCAUCCUCGCAGCAAGAGACCUCUUGAAUCUGUGAUCUUAGACGAGGGAGUCAAGGAAAGAAUUGUGGAGGAUGUACAAGACUUCCUCUCCUCUGCAAAAUGGUACUACGAACGAGGAAUCCCCUAUCGGCGAGGCUAUCUCCUCUAUGGCCCUCCAGGAACCGGCAAAUCUUCCUUCAUCCAAGCGUUGGCAGGGCAUCUAAACUACGACAUUGCCAUGCUGAAUCUGAGCGAACGUGGUCUCACUGAUGAUCGACUCAAUCAUCUACUGACCGUGAUACCUCAAAGGACUCUGGUUUUGCUUGAAGAUGUGGAUGCGGCGUUUUCAAAUCGCCGACAGGUCGAAACAGAUGGCUAUGCAGGUGCGAAUGUCACCUUUUCCGGGCUUCUCAAUGCUUUAGAUGGUGUCGCAAGCGCAGAAGAGCGCAUCAUCUUCCUCACGACCAAUCAUGUGGAUCGACUUGAUGAAGCCCUGGUUCGACCCGGACGAGUGGAUCUGACUGUUCGUCUCGGUGAGGCUACGACGUACCAAAUUUCUCAGCUGUGGGAGCGCUUCUAUGGUGAGGCCGACCCAGAAGGGAAAUUGAAGCAGGAGUUCUUGAAACGCUUGCUUGACAUCGGGGCUUUACCAGACGCCGAAGCCCGAGUCAGUCGAGUUAGCAUGGCUGCAUUGCAAGGAUUAUUUUUGUAUAACAAGGGCGAUGCUUCAGGUGCAGUCGAGAUGGCGUGGCAAUUGGCACCAGGAGAAUUGCCCACUGUACUACCAAAGUCCACGACACACGGAUCCUGAAGCUAUCUGAUGAUUGCUGGAUGAAUAUGGACCAUGAUACCCCCUCCGAAUAUGUAUGUAGUUAUUGUCAUGUAGAUGUAGAGUGUACAAUAUUUCAGAUUUGCCCAUCUGCAUCGUACACAA